GUUGCGAGCGCUAUGCCCAAGGUGCGUGCGGUCCGGGGGUCCGGGGGUCCCCGGCGGGCGGGCCCCCAGGCGCGGCACGCGCCCCUGGCCCUGCACAUCCUGGGCGCUGAGGCCCCAAGGCCCGGGGGCCGCCGGAAGAACCGCCGCGGCCCGACGGACGAGGACGAGGAGGAGGAGGAGGAGUACGUGGACCCUCGGCUGAGCCGGAGGAUCCUGCAGCAGGCGCGGCGGCAGCAGGAGGAGCUGGAGGCCGAGCACGGGCCCGGACCCGGCCCCGGCCCCGGCCCCGGGGACACGGCGCCCAGGGACCCCGCCACACGACUGGGACCCAGCGGGCCAGAGGACCAGAGCGACGGCGAGAAGGAGGAUGACGACGACGACGACGAGUGGCCCUCGUUGGAGAGGGCGGCGGCGUUGGAGGGGCCCGAGUGCGGAGGGCAGGUGCCCGUGGACCCCGACGACGAGAAGGCCAUCGAGAUGUUCAUGAACAGCAACCCUCCACUCAGGCGCACGCUGGCCGACAUCAUCAUGGAGAAGCUGACGGAGAAGCAGACGGAAGUGGAGACGGUGAUGUCGGAGAUCUCGGGCUGCCCCAUGCCCCAGCUGGACCCCCGGGUGCUGGAAGUCUACAAGGGCGUCAAGGAGGUGCUGUCCAAGUACCGGAGCGGAAAACUGCCCAAGGCAUUUAAGAUCAUCCCGGCUCUCUCCAACUGGGAGCAGAUUCUCUACAUCACAGAGCCCGAGACCUGGACCGCGGCUUCCAUGUAUCAGGCCACCAGGAUCUUCUCCUCCAACCUGAAAGAGCGCAUGGCCCAGCGUUUUUAUAAUCUGGUGCUGCUGCCACGCAUCCGGGAUGACAUUGCCGAGUACAAGAGGCUCAACUUUCACCUCUACAUGGCUCUCAAGAAGGCCCUGUUCAAGCCAGGCGCCUGGUUUAAAGGGAUCCUGAUCCCGCUGUGUGAGUCGGGCACCUGCACGCUGCGAGAGGCCAUCAUCGUGGGCAGCAUCCUCACCAAGUGCUCCAUCCCUGUGCUGCACUCCAGCGCCGCCAUGCUGAAGAUCGCCGAGAUGGAGUACAGCGGCGCCAACAGCAUCUUCCUGCGGCUGCUGCUGGACAAGAAAUACGCCCUGCCCUUCCGGGUGCUGGACGCCCUGGUCUUCCACUUCCUGUCCUUCCGCUCGGAGCGGCGGCGCCUGCCCGUCCUGUGGCACCAGAGCCUCCUGACCCUGGCGCAGCGCUACAAAGCGGACCUGGCCUCCGAGCAGAAAGAGGCACUGCUGGACUUGCUCCGCCUGCAGUCCCACCCCCAGCUGAGCCCCGAGAUCCGCCGGGAACUGCUCAGCGCCACGGCCCGGGACGUGGAGGCGCCCUCCGGGACAGACAUGUCCUGAGGGGGAUGCGGGCGCGGGCUCCCGGCCACCGUUUUGGGAGCGGAGGAGAAGGAUCUGGGCCCCGGCCUGCGGACUUGACUUGGGAACCCGGGGCUGGUGGCCGGUUGGCCCGCGCUCGGUUCAUACGCCGUCGCCUGACCGGAGAGCGGAGCCCGGCCUGGGGACCCAGGUAGGAACGGGGGUCGUGGACGGGCGAGCUUGGCGGGCCCGGAACAAAGCCGUGUGUUCGUCUCCACCGCCCCGCGUGUGGCUCUGAGUGUGGCGCGUCGGUGGGCCGGGGGGGGAUGCCGGCCGUGACACCUCCGCCCCCCGAUGCCCAGCCAGGAAGGAGCUGAAGCCCAGAGUCGGCUCAGAACCUUUAUUAGAGAGGCGCUAGGCCCCACGACCGGCCAAGAAAUCGGUGCCGGGGGCCCGGCGGAUC